AUGUGCUCACACCGGCUGCGUGUCGAGGGGAAGUCCUUUCGAGAUCCUCAGAAUCGAGAAAUUAUUCUGAGGGGAAUCAACGUGGCAGGAGAGGCGAAAUACCCGAAAUUUCCUGACCUACGAUCACACAACCCAGAAAACUUCUUCGAUGCGGACAAUGUCUCGUUUGUCGGACGACCGUUCCCUCUGGAGGAUGCGCAUACUCAUUUUAAGCGACUCCGGGAAUGGGGAUACAAUUGCAUUCGAUACAUCUUUACCUGGGAGGCGAUUGAGCAUGCUGGCCCUGGUGUUUACGACGAAGAAUGGCUAGACUUCACUAUUCAAGUGCUCCGAAUCGCCAAAGAGUAUCGUUUCUAUGUCUUCAUGGAUCCGCAUCAAGAUGUGUGGUCCCGACUAUCAGGAGGUUCAGGAGCACCUGCAUGGACCCUGUAUGCAGCAGGUCUCAAUCCACGAGCGUUCAAGUAUACGCAAGCCGCUCUACCACAUAACACAUGGGAAAACCCUGCACAAUUUCCAAAAAUGCUAUGGUGUACAAAUUACUCGAGGCUAGCCUGCCAGACAAUGUUCACAUUAUUCUGGGCAGGGAGAGACUUUGCGCCGAAGGCAGUGAUUGAUGAUGUGAAUAUUCAGGAUUACCUUCAGGAUCACUUCAUCGCGGCAUGCAAAUAUCUCGCGCAAAGGAUCCACGAUUCAGGUGACCUAGAGCACGAUGUGGUUAUUGGAUGGGAAAGCUUGAAUGAGCCCCAUAAAGGCCUUAUUGGCAUCCAGGAUAUAUCAAAGAUUCCACCAGAACAGCACCUUCAGCUAGGGACAUCGCCAACUGCCUUUGAAGGCAUGACUAUCGGCUCUGGGAGACCUUGUGAAGUGACAACUUGGAAAUUCGGGAGAUUCGGACCACGACAGUGUGGCACUGAGCUGAUAGACCCAAAUGGGGAGUCAGUAUGGCUCCCAGCCAACUAUGAUGAUAGCCAUUAUGGCUGGCGUCGAGACCCUGGUUGGAAACUCGGAGAGUGUAUCUGGGCACAACAUGGGGUUUGGGAUCCGACCACAAACGUCUUACUACAAAAGGACUACUUCUCAAAAAAGCCAGGUUCUAAUGAAAGGCUUGACUAUGAAAAGUUCACCAACUCCUAUUUUCUAAGUCACUUCAAAGCAUUCAAAAAGGGUAUUCGCAGUAUCUGCAUCGGCGCUAUUAUGUUUUGCCAACCUCCAGUUAUGGAGAAACCGCCAAGUUUGAAGAAUACUGUCGAUGAUGAUUCAAAUAUGGUUCAUGCUGUUCACUUCUAUGAUGGUCUGACACUUUUGACAAAGCACUGGAAUCGGCUGUUCAAUAUCGAUGUGAUUAGCAUUCUUCGUGGAAAACACCUAUCACCAAUAUUCGCAGUCAAGUUCGGCGAGAAAUCGAUCCGGAAAAGCCUGCGGAGGCAGCUGAAAUUUCUCCGCGAUGAAAGUCUGAUGCAUAUGGGAGAGCAUCCCUUGAUUUUUACCGAGAUCGGGAUUCCUUUUGAUCUUGAUAAUAAACAUGCAUACAAGACAGGGAACUACAAGAGUCAAAUUCGAGCAAUGGAUGCAAAUCAUUUUGCAUUGGAAGGCAGUACUGGUAAUGGGUUUACCCUGUGGGCAUACAUGGCCGAGAAUAAUCACGAAUGGGGCGAUCAAUGGAAUGGUGAGGACUUGUCAAUAUUCUCCCAUGAUGAUUCAGAGCUACCGAGGAUUGUUUCUUCUAUGAGUUCAGAAUACAGUGAUCUGUCUGGAUGUCAUUCCCUUGAACAGACUAAGGGGGUGAAUACGGAUGUCCAAGACGCCUUGUCACUUCGGCCGAUUUCGGGUGAUUGUGACCAUUGCCAGGAAAAUUUGCCUCAAAGGAGAGGCUAUCGCGCAGCAGAGGCAUACAUUCGCCCAAGCCCGAUCCACGUGAAUGGUCAAUUGGGGAGCCAUGUUUUCAACUUGAAGAAAUGCACCUUCAUGAUGGAUCUGACUGCAGAAAACACGGCGAUACAUUCGCCAAGCGAAAUAUAUCUGCCGGACUUUCAUUUCCCUGAUGGAACUAUCGUGGUUACGGUGAGUGAUGGGAAAUGGGAAAUUGUCGAACAGGACAUUCAUAACACGAAGAUCAAAUGCCUGAGAUGGUGGCAUCCCGGAGGACAAAUGAACGUUAAAGUAGAAGGAGCUUCAAAAGAACCUCGGAAUCUGAGGACUGGCUGUCUAUAA